AUGUCACUCUCGCUGGUACGUCCAUCUACCGGACCAGCCGAGUUUCGGGUGUUAGAGUACGACUCAUCUUUGAUGUCCUACUAUGAGACAGUAAUUUGCAGUUCAUCGACCCUGCUUGAUAAUGCCCGACAUAACCCAUACCGUUCCGUGAUUCUUCCUAUGGCUAUGGUAUCUGACGGCCUAUACCAUGCGACCCUGGCUAUCUCUGCUCAAACGCUACGUCUGUCGGACCCAAAAUAUCGUUUCGCCGCCCUUAAACACGGCCAAAAGGCCAUCCAGGCUUUGAUUCGCAUAUUGAAACGAGGCAUAAAUAGUGAAGCCGAUAUGGAUGAGCUUCUUGGGCUGGCCUUGAUGCUGUGCUGGUAUGAGAUCACGGACGGAUGUCGGCCUUCUUGGGUGACACACCUUAACGGCAUCCGUGCCAUCAGUGCUCGGUGUCGAAAGCCUUCGCCUUUGGGAGCCGAAUCAUCUCGUAGCAGCCAUCUUCGUCAGUUCUUCAAUCGGUACUUUGCAUUCCAUCUGGUGCUAGCUCGGACUGCUUUCAGAAUUGAUGCCGACGUGGCCUCCAGCAAGGACUUUUUGCUUACAUAUCCAGACCCACCUACGAAUCUAGUAAGAAAGAUCUACGAGCCCUCCUUAAACAAUGCAUUAGUCCGAGGAAGCCUAGGCUCAAGGGAGUCAAAUAUUUCGGAGACAGAAGAUCUUCAACAACUAGCGGCUACCUCCACAGGGUUUCUCGCUGUCACCAUGCCAUUGGACGAGCUAGACGUGAUCGACCCCUAUAUGGGGUUCAGCAAUUCUCUCCUUCUCCUCAUUAAUGAAAUUGCUGAGCUGGCCUGGCGGAGUCCACCGAAGGGUCUAGAUGACUGUGCGGAAUCUCUCAGGGCCAAGGCUUUCCAUAUUAAAGAAUCGUUAGAGAAACUGCGCCAGCGGCUUCCAGUGCAGCUGGAAUUGGCCUCCGCAAGUGGGCACAUUAAAAAUGAUGACCCGAGUAGAGAUCUGGUUACAGAGUUCGUAAUCAUUGCCGAAGCAAAUCGCCUUGGUGCAUUACUCUUCCUACAUGAGAUUUGUUCGAAUCGUUUUAGAUUCGAAGGAUCCUAUUACCCCUCAGAGAUCCACGACGAGUGCGAUCAAAACACGAUUCUUCCGCGAUUUCCGGAUGAGGACAGAAACAACUACAUCCGUGUCAUCCUCGACCUGAUCGAACACAAUCUACCUUGGAUUAUUCGCACUGCAGCACUACCACUCUGGCCAUUGUUCCUUGCUGGCUGUUGCUCCGUUACUGAGGAAGACCGAAUGACUGUGAUGACUAUUUUUGAGGAAUCCGAGCAAAUGAAGCGGUUUGGGAAUAUAAGACCGGCACGAGAAGUGGUGGAAAUGGUUUGGCGUCAAUAUGACCUCGGUGUCCAGGAUGAUAGAAAAAGGCGUAAGGCGGCAGCUGUUGCUACGGGGCGCCCAGUUGAAAGGAGCAGGCAGUCCGAGCGUUUCGUGUGGGAGCGAGCCAUGAAGAUGCUAGGCGGGUGGAAGCUCAGUUUAGCAUGA